GAUCAAAGCCAGCAAAAGGAAUAGUGAAAAUAAGUUUGUAAUAAAAAAUUUCUAUACGUAAGAUUGAAAAUUUUACAAACCCCCCGAGGAGUUAAUUGAUUGUCACAUCAUACCCCACUUACAUACAAUUUUUUUUAUAUUAUAACUAAACACAAUAGUAGUGAAAAUAAUAAAAGAAACAUUAGGAAGGCGAGCGAUUCGUCAUCGAUUUACCAAAAGGUUGAAAAAAGGAAUACAUUUUUUUAAUUCCUCCUUAUCAUUCCCAUUAAUUAUUAUUAUUGUGGUACUAAAUACAACACAAUGAACAAAUAUUUAUUAAAUAUGUUACAAAUAAUACAAUUUGCAAAAUAAAAUAAUAUUAGAAUUUAAAAGUGAAGAAAAACGUAAAAUUUGCGAUAAGAAAAACUUCUCCUACCCUUCUUGAGACAUACAAAAUACUUAUUUGCCUUUUACGUUUAUGAACAUGGAUGAUAAUUUAAGUACGAAAUCCUCGGAAUCUUCUAUAACCACAAGUGGAGAAUAUGAAAUUGUUACCGAUAGUAACUUGACAACACCACUUGAUAUACAACCAUCAUUGGAUAUUGCUAAUAAUCGUAAUAUUUCGGAUAUACAAAAUGCUAUGACUGAUGCUCUCAAAGAGUUGGAAUCUGAUAAAGCAGGUGAAGGCAGUGGUGGUGGUGUUUCCAAUAAUACAAAUCUCAAAAACAAAACACUUACAUUGCCCUUAAUGGGCACAACAAGUCCAGCUUUGUUAGUACCACAGGAUAAAUCGACAGCACUACUAAUGAAAACUCAAACAAUACCACGUUUAGCUGUAAAAGAUGCCACAAAUACACCAACACCUAAAAGUGAUGAAUCGAAUUCAGAACUGAAUCGUGUUGGCCAGUCGGUGUUUUAUGAUUGUAUAGAUGCAAAUACUGGGAACAUGCCCACCACCAUGACGGUGAAACCAACCGCAGAUGCUGUUGAUUUGGAUGAGAAACAAGAUGUCAUGAAGCCAGAACGAAAUGAUACAGACGAGGAGAUUUCCGAAAUAGAUCAAGGUUGCACCAUAUUUUCUGGUGUCACGUAUUUGGGUGCAGCCAAUAUAAAUGCUCCGAAAUCCGAACUAGAUGUUUAUCGCAUAAUGAGUGAAUUAAAUAAUGGCACUGCUUCGAAUGGUCUCAAAAUUUCCAUCAGUAUACCCAAUUGUUCUGAUGGCUUGGUGGUGUUACAUGAUGCCGAUAGCAAUACAAUAAUAGCCACCUAUGAGAUUCAAAGUAUAAUUUUAUACUUUCGCGGACCAAUAGAAACAGUGGAACAUGGCUGUUUUGCUUUUACUUGGUUGCAUGGUGAUUCUCUAUUUCAGUGUCAUAUUUUUCGUUGCCAUAUACCCGAAGCUGUCAAUCAAGUUAGCGCCUGUUUCCAAAAGGCCUUCCAGACUUAUCCACCCAGUAUGACUUGCAGCCUUACCUCGGCAGUGGAUAGUAAUAUGAUGAAUUCCAUAACAUCGGAUAUAAGUGGAAAUCCUCUUAAUACGGCUGGCUAUGAAUUUUUAGUUUCUUUGGAGAUACGAGAAAAGGUGGCUAAAAACUCUUAUACGGCAGUGCCCCGUGAUCGCCAUUGCUUUAGGUUACGGGCCAAUACAGACAAAGAGGUUUACAUAACUGUAAAACAAACCCCCUCGACUGUAUUGCAACCCUUGUUAAUCGAGCGAUGCUUUGGAGUUUUAUUAAGUCCCGGAAAAUUGGUGAGACAAGCAGAUAUGCAAUUGAUUGAUAUGCUAACUAUGGGCUACAUACAACCGAAUGCAUCUGCUAGUACAAGUGCAAAUGUCAGCGGAAACGGUAGUACCAUUACGGCCACAGCUAAUGGGGAUGCUCCGGCACCUCUCACACCAUUAUGUUUAAAUGCCUACCAUAUUCGAGCGGAAUGGAAGGCUGGUGAAAAAGCAUUCGAACAAUUUAAUGUAGAAACUUCAAAAACUUUCUUAACCGUAGCAGUUGACAUUGUUAUACGCGGCAUACAGGAACCAGUAAGAUUUGUUAUGGAAACUCCUGUAUCUAUUCAUGCUGCUAGUGAAUUGCGCCUAAUGGAUCAUUUCAUUUCAAAGCGCCUCCCCAUGACUUUGCGUUUCUAUUUACAUUUAAAACGCACAACAGACGAAUAUAGUUGGAAAGUCAGCUCUAUUGAUCCCUCAGAAGAGAUUACAGAACCACCUCAACAGUCUACAUCUUCUUCAUAUUUACUUAAAUUUGGCAUGAAUAAUCUGUCGCGUAUAGUACGCUCAGCUUCGAUUGCAUCGAUUGAAGACGAAUGUCCCACUGAUCCAGAAGAUCUUUCAGAUGGCGAUGAGCCAUUAUUAAGUGGUACCGGGGAAGUUUCGAAAGAUUGCUCUCAAGACACUUUAGAUGAGUGGGAUCCGGUACUUAAAGAAUGGGAUGGCGAAAAAAGACCUAAAAAUCUAGCACCUUUAGUGCGUCUAGGAGUUCCGGAGGCAUUGCGUGAAAUGAUUUGGAAGAAAUUGGCUGGAGUUGAUACUAAAACUGAAAUGCUCGAUAUGUAUAAGAAUUUAAUAACCAAAGAAACCAAAUGUGAAACUGUUAUACAGCGCGAUAUACACCGAACAUUUCCCGCACAUAAAUGCUUCAAAGAAAGUGGUGGAUCAGGUCAAGAUGCGCUUUUCAAAGUAUCCAAAGCAUAUGCUGUAUAUGACAGUGAAGUUGGCUACUGUCAAGGUUUAAGUUUUAUAGCUGCUAGUUUAUUGCUACAUAUGCCCGAAGAGGAUGCUUUUUGUGUUCUGGUAUCGCUCAUGUAUGACUACAGUCUACGUGAUCUUUAUAAACAGGGCUUUGAGGUCUUAUAUCUACGUCUGUAUCAACUGGAUCGUUUAAUCAAAGACCAUUUACCUAAACUCCACGAACAUUUUGUAAAUUGUGGCAUUGAAACUCAUAUGUAUGCCUCGCAAUGGCUGUUAACUCUAUUCACAGCUCGCUUUCCUUUAUGUUUUGUAUUCCACGUACUCGACGUGUUUCUUUUGGAUGGCAUUCCUCUGCUAUUUCAAGUUGCCCUCACUUUGCUAUCGAUAUGCGAAAAUGAUUUGCGCCAACUUGACUUUGAGGGCAUUUUGAAAUAUUUUCGCGUAACUUUACCCAAAAAAUGUCGCAGUUCUAGUCAAGCUAGACGUAUUAUGAAAAUGGCUUGUGAUCGUAAAAUUAAAAAGUUGAAACAAUACGAAGAUGAAUUUAUGCAAAAGAAACAGAACGAAGAACGUUUGGAGAAAGAGGCUCAAAUCUAUGAGAAUCGUUUUGGUGGCGAAAGGCGUAAACUUCAAGGGGAAAUUAAUGAUUUACAACAGAAGUUAGCAGAUGCAAAUGAACGUGCCAUUGAGAAGGAAAAGAAACAUACGGGCAUUAUACAGGACUACAAACAGAUCAUACAACGUUUGGAGCAGGAUAUGACAACACUGAAUGAGACUUUGGGAACAGUGAUGACCACAGUAUCCAAGUGUCAAAAUUGUUCUCAACACAUUGAACAGGAUAACCAUGCAAACAGUGUGACAACAUCUACCAAUGAUAAUAUGUCCCUAAUAAAUAGUAAUGCAAACGAGGCACCAUUAGGACCUCUAGAUCCAUUACAUUCAGCCCAUCAUCGUAUACGAGAGUUAGAAUUAGAAUUGGCACAGGCCAAAUUGGCACAAGUAGAGGCAGAAUGUAAAAAUCAAGAUUUAAAUCAUCAACUAAGUACCACUAUAACCGAAAUGCAAUCAAAUCGUAACAGCUGGCAGCCAUGGUUCUCGAAAACUUUGAAUACGUUACAAGAAAAGGUCUCAACGCGAGGCAAUCGGGAUGCGCAACCAACAGCCACAUUUCAAUCGUAUACAGGAAGUGAAUCGAAUUCGCCAUCAGGUCAUCAGGUAUCUUAAUUAAACAAAAACAAACCCAACAUCCCCAAAAGCUAUCAACCGUCCUUUCGUGCAUCAUAACCACAUCACAUACAAAAACUCUCUUUGAAAAAGUUUUUUUUUUUAGUUUUAUUUGUUAAUUUUUUUCUGGGCACUUGCUAUUUUUAUUAUAAUUUGAAAAACGUUUGGAAUCGAUGCUGUUGAUAAGCGUAAUAAUUUAUAAUUUAAGUUAGGAAAACAACUCUGAAUUUCAAUUUAAUUUCAAAAUUAUUUAAUAACAAUUUCUAUACGAAAAUCGUAAAAUUUUCAAGUUCAGAAUACGGUGUUGUUAAAAUGAAUUAAAUUUUUAUAAAAUAUUUUAUGUUCUAAUAAAUUUAUAAAAAUUAAUUGAAAAGUUUUAAAACUUUUUUAAAAAUAACUACAUAAUAAUUGAACAUAAUAAAUAUUAAGAAACUUUUAAAUUAAAAAAAAAUAACAUUUCGAAUAAUAAAAUUAUUAGUGAAUUAUAUAAUUUGUUAAAAUACAGUAUAUUAAUUAUGUUGAAUUUUCAAAUAUCCAAACGUUUUUCUAAAUACAUAUUUAACUUAUCUUUUAUUCCCACAUUUCACCAUGACAAUAUUAUUAUAAAUUUGUUUAAGUUUUUUUCUUCUAUUAUUUAAGUUGUGUUUAUAUAAAUAUAUAUAUUAUAUUCCUUAUAGUUUUUCUAGCUUUGUAAUCAUUUUUCUUUGUUUAACAUUGAAAUAUGCUUUAUUAAAACAAAAAUGAAAUAAAAACAAUUAUAAUUGUUACCAUGACCAGUA